CAACGCAUGCGCAGAGGGUGUUGUCGGGCUGCGCGGGAGGCGGAGAGUGGCGCGAGCGAGACAGCCGCGAUCGGUUGGGGGAGCCGGGUGAGAGGCAGCCCUUGGGGACCGGCGGGCUGGGCUGGGACGGCCCCGGCGUGAGCGGGUGACCGCGGGGGACUCUCCCCGCCUGGACCCUAGGGCCGCGCUUGGGGGCUGCGGCCGCUGAGCCCCGCGGAGGCUGCGCGCAGGGAGCCAGCGACACCCCGGGCUGAGGCGCCGCCCGGCAGCGAUGGCGCAGAAGAGGCGCGCUAAGGGGCCCGGCCCCUCCCAGGGGGAAGACCCGGACGAGGACUAUGCGCUGAGCCAGAGCGCCAGCCAGGUGCAGCGGAACCUGGAGCGACUUUCGCCGGCGCACGUGGAUCAGAAGGUGAGCGAAUUGGUGCAAUACCUGCUGGUCAAGGAUCAGAAGAAAAUCCCCAUCAAACGGGCAGAUAUCCUGAAAAAUGUCAUCAAAGACUACAGAGGCGUCUAUUCUGAGAUCAUUAAGCGAGCCGGCAGGACUCUCCAGCAGGUUUUUGGGCUGCAGUUGAUGGAGAUAGACCCCAAGCAUCACACCUACAUCCUGGUCAGCAUUCUGCCGCGCCUGGAAGUGGAUAACCUGAAACAGGAUGAUUGCACAGCAAAGCUGGGCCUCCUCACUGUCAUCCUCAGCUUCCUCUUCAUGAAGGGCAAUGCUGCUAAAGAAUCUGCUGUGUGGGAGAUGUUAAGGAGACUGCGAGUUGACCCUGGAGUGAGACACGAGGUCUUUGGGGAUGUCAAGAAGUUGGUGACUGAGGAAUUUGUCCGCCAAAAGUACCUGGAAUACAACCGCAUACCCCACACAGAUCCACCCGAGUUUGAGUUCCAGUGGGGGGCACGGGCUGCCAAGGAGACCUCCAAGAUGCAGAUCCUGCGAUUUGUCGCCAAGAUCCAAAACAAGGACCCCAAGGCCUGGAGCACCCAGUACACUGAGGCAGCAGCUGAGGAGGCAGCUGCGGGGGGCCUGUUCCAAGACAUUAGCACCCCUGGAGACACUGGUGGGGCCAUCCAGGGGGCACGGAGGAGGACCCGGUGAGUCUUAUCCACUUCACCCACAGGUGGUCUGCCCCAUGAUGCCUUGUGAACCAGCAGACCUGAAAAGUAGGGGAGCUGUGGCAUCUGCCCAUGCUGAGCCUAGCAUCCAGCACCCAAGGGUCCACUGUGGCAGCUGCCUCUGCCCUCCUGAGCUCAGCCCACCUGAGACAUGGUCCAUGGACAAAUGGGUUGUAAAAUGCAGUUUGAUUGUUGUAUGUUGAUUAGCUCAGCUGCAGAGACCGCUCCUCACCUUUCUGGAGGGGGGGCACGGGCAGCUUGUGUGAACCCCUCCCUCCGGAGUUGCCAUGGAGUUGGUUUCUGCCGCACGCAGGGGCUGGCUCAGAGCUGGGCACUGACAUGACCUUUGAUCCUUGUGAUUCACCCACGACGCUUUCAAAUAAAGUCCCCUUAGUGGAGUAUGCAA